UGUGGACAAAACAAGACAUUUGAGGACGUCAUCUUGAGCUUUUGGAGACACUGAUUGACUUCUUUUUUUUAAAAAACGUUUUCUGACAUUGUAUAGACCAAACCACUAAUCGAGAAAAUAGAUCAACAGAUUAAUCUGCAAUGAAAAUAAUCUGUAGUUGCAGCCCAAAACAUACAUAGCCUGCAGUUCAUUGUAUUCAUGAUUUCCCCUCCAGGUUGACAUCAGCCUUUUGGGGAUGGAGGACGCAGGCAGCGGCUGGGCACUUGAGCUCACCCCCCCGUGCAUGAUGCCUGAGGUGAAUGCGAAUGACACGGGUCAGGUGUUUGAGGUGGCGCUGCAGAACGACUCCUCCAAGCGCAGCUCCCAGUUUGUGGGCGUGGAGCUGCUGCAGUCCUUCAAGCUGCUCAUCAUUCCCUGCUACACUCUGGUGGCUCUGGUGGGCGUCUUCGGCAAUUACCUGCUCCUCUACGUCAUCUGCCGCACCCGCAAGAUGCACAACGUCACCAACUUCUUCAUUGGAAACCUGGCCUUCUCCGACAUGCUGAUGUGCGCCACAUGUGUCCCCUUCACGCUGGCCUACGCCUUCAACCCACACGGCUGGGUGUAUGGCCGCUUCAUGUGCUACCUGGUGUACCUCAUCCAGCCGGUGACGGUGUACGUGUCCGUCUUCACUCUCACUGCCAUCGGUGUGGACAGAUACUAUGCCACAGUUCAUCCUCUGAAAAAGCGCAUCUCAGUCUUGGCGUGCACCUACCUUCUGUCUGGGAUCUGGUUGCUGUCCUGCGGCCUCGUGGCUCCCGCUGUGGCUCACACCUACCAUGUGGAGUUUAAGAAGGAGGGCUUCACCAUCUGCGAGGAGUUCUGGAUGGGCCAGGAGAGGGAGCGGCUGGCCUACGCGUACAGCACUCUCUUCAUCACCUACGUCCUGCCUCUGUCGGCGCUCUGCAUCUCGUACCUGUGCAUCUCUGUUAAACUGCGGAACUGCGUCGUACCGGGCCACCACACCCAGAGCCAGGCGGAGGCUCAGCGCAUGCGCAAACGCAAGACCUUCCGACUGGUGAGCCUGGUGGUGGCAGCCUUCGGCAUCUGCUGGAUGCCAAUCAGCGUGUUCAACGUGCUGCGGGACAUUGACAUCGACCUGAUUGAUAAGCCGUACUUUCUGCUCAUCCAGCUGCUCUGUCACCUGUGUGCGAUGAGCUCCUCCUGCUGUAACCCUUUCCUCUACGCCUGGCUGCAUGACCGCUUCCGCUCUGAGCUCCGCAAGAUGUUCACAUGCCGCCGACGCAUCGGCCUCUCGGCCAACAACUGCGCCACAGCCAGCGUGGUUUUGUGAAGCUCCUGUGUUUUAAAGGCUACUGUUGGUUAGUCCCUGCUUCUUUGGACAGUAGAGUAUAAUUGUUUCAUUCAUGGUAAAUAGCAACGCAAAAUUAGUGUUUUUCACACUUGGUCCGUUUCAGCCCUCCAAAAGAACUCAGACCUAUUAGACAGCAUAUUUUUGUGCAUAUGUAAACAUGCCAAAGGGACUCAGACCCCUCUGCAACGAAUCUUAGUCUGACCUUUUCUGGAGGUGGUCUGAGUAUGGUUCGCUUCAAGUACCGGUUCUCUUCACCUGUGCAUUGUGAACACAUAGCGCUUCAGGUUUAUUUUGCAAUUUGUAAUGUACUUUAGCCCUGAGGCCCCAUCAGAGCUGAAGUGGAUCAAAGAGAAGCGAGCCCUUUUCAACUGAUCAUGUAAAC